UUGUUCAGAUUCGCUAACUAAGGCGGUUGGCAUGACCUUGUAACUUUUCUGAUGCCACAUGAUGGAGAUGAUUUGAUGGAACGAAUUCGGCAAAUUGUCAGUCAACAAAAGUUGCGUUGUUUGGAUGGUAAUAGAGUCGAAUCCUCUCCAAGUAAUGAAGUAAAUUUGGAUGAGUUUAUGAGUGAUAUUCACGAAGUAGUUGAGUUAUCCAACAAAUGUCUUGUACGUAAAGUUGUUGAAGGUGCCGCUCCAUCCGCUUAUCCGGGCUUUUCUCCAGUUACUAGAGAUCAGACGAAUACCUUGAAGAACAGUCCAUGCUUACAGACACGUAGAUCUGAUACGAAAGUUCAGGUUUUGAGACGUUUACAUGAGACAUGUUCACCAAGUCCAUAUCCUAGACGUGUUUCUCUCAGAAGUAAUGGUUCAAAACAAGAUGACUCAAAAAACGAUGCAGUUCCGAAUAAUGCAUAUGCUUGGCGUCAGGGUCAAGAAAUCAUUCACAAAUAUCUAGAUGUUUCACCUGCGAAUUCAGGUAGUGCUGAUGAGCACCUAAAUAACAAGGAACAGUGUUUAAAGGUGAAUGAUACUGUUUCAUUAGGGUUUGAAUCGAUCACUCAUGCAGACAAUGAACCUAUUCUGAACUGUAAUCCAAAGGAAUCUAUUGAUAAGAGAAAUUCAGCUAUGAAACCCGAACAAUCAAUUAGCGCACCAUUAAUCGCGUCAAAAUCUAAAAAAGGUCUUUUUCGUCCAGAUCGUACAAAAUAUACAGUAAAUAAUCACCCAGGUACCGAACCCCCUGUGCAAGCAUCAAAUCAUGAUUGUGCUACACCUAGAGCUCAUCUUAGAGCAUUAGUUAAGCAGCAAAAAGAAGUUAGGAAACAAGAACGCAAACGACAAAUCGAGGCCGAAAAAGAAGAGCGUCAACGAAUUCAACGCAAUCUACAAGCAACUGCUCUGGCAGCAGCAGCUGCUGCUAAGUUGCCUGUCACAUCGAACAAGAAGAUAUCUGAACGUACUCCAGUUAUCUCCAGAUGUGAAUUACAACAGAUGAGAACAUCUGUGCUGCCGUUGAAUUCCUACUCUUCGGAACGAGAGCAGAAAUUGGAAGAGCUUCUAAGGCGUGAAUUCUUGACACAAGAGCUUCACACAGUUGCAUGUGUGCCUCCCACUAGUUCAGGUCGAGAACCCAAACACUCUGCGGACCAGGAUUUUAAUGAAACGACAAAAGUUAAAUGUAAAGCAACGGAGACCAUGACAAAGGAUUAUUUCCUCCCUCAUCGAUGUCACGUAAAACGAAACACCUUGAUUACUUCACACACAUCAGGGGAUGUUAUUCCUAAACCACGAAAAUCUGACAAACUGGACUGUGGCAGCUUGUCGAACACGCAUAAAUUUGAGCCGAUUUCCAACUCAAAUUUAACCCAAACACAGCAACAUACUCAGGAGGAGAAAUGGUUUCACACUAAUGGUCUACAGGUUGGAACGGUUACAAUGGCACCUGCUAAGGAAAAGUCAUGUGAAUCCGGUGGUGAUCAUGGUCUCCGUCUGUGCAAAAAUGGACUACCUAAAGCAAAAUCUCAUCAGCAAAAUUUUGACAAUGACGUCGCUUCGUCUAUUUCUCGUUUACUGGCGACGAACAAUGCAUCAAACUUCUCAGGAGAUGGUAAUCGUUAUUCCAGAACACAAAAACGACCAUAUUAUUCUGAAGAACUCAAGGUUUGUCGACCUAACCGACCACGAACUAUCAGCGAUCAUGUUACCGAAGCUGCUCGUUUAGAUAUAAAGCUGAGCACUCAGAGGGUAAAGCACAUGCUUGUUGUCGAUUCAGAUGAUGAUUCAGAUGGUGAUCAGCACUUUGAAGACGAUGUUGAUGAUGAUCAUGAUUCACUACCUUCAUCAUAUGGUGUGAUUAAGAAACCAGUAAGUAACUUUUGGAGACAGUUGGAAGCUGUUGGACCUAGCGAAUCUGAAAUUGAGGAGGAUAACGUUUGCAUCGUUGAAGAUAUUCAGGAUGAUGGGAUUUUAGACAGUGUGUCUGGGCACCGUAAAAGUUUUUCAGGACACUAUAUUAAUGGUGACAAUCUUCAUCGGACAGAUGCCAGUCACUUUGUGAAAGAUGUUCAGGCUAGAAAUGAAUUCCGAAAUCAUAUAUACAGUGAUCCUUUACGCUUUGUGUCUGUACACAAACGUCAACAGAAGCUGCUUCAUCGAGGAGGAAAAAGUCACUUCCGGUCAUUUGGAAUUGAGGUGAACCAUUCAGAGAAGACAGAAAAGUAUGCCCGAAACAACGUAGACGGAAGUACUUCAGUACGUCCUCGCGAUGUUAGACGGAAUACCUUCGUUACUACCAACAGUCAGGUAGUCACUGUGGAAUGUUCGGAAUCAACAAAAGAAAAUAUUUUAUCCAUCAAAACCGACGAACAAGAGUUAUUCACUACAGAAGAAAAAAAUUGUAGUCAGUCCGAUUCCCAUCAACAAAUAUCAGAUAAUUCUUUUCCUAUGGAUCCUCAGAGACGUGACCCUUUUUGGCAUAAAGCUGUUAACUCAUCUCAACCGAGGCUAACUCCUGCUGCACUCAAUCUCCAGUUAACUGCUGAAAUGAAUUACCUUGAAACACUAGCUGGUUCAAUGCAGCACAUUGCUGAUAUGGAGUCUCUACGUCAUAUUACUGCAGCUCAAGCCGAGUGUGUUAGUCUAGCACAAAUGCUAAAGGCUCGUGAAUUGCAAAUAUCGUCAAAAGAUAGUAAUAAAGUGUUGGAAAAAGAAACACAAGUAUCUGGAACAGUAUUUGUCACUCCUGAAUCAGGUGGUCUCAUUUCUGGUGUUCACUCUCCUCAGUUUCAAGAUAUACUGAAAGCUGCUGAAGAAUUCGAUAAGAUUGAACGUCGUCUUAGCGUGAAGACUUCACACUUGGGUUCUGUAUCUCACCAUUCUUCUGAGUCACCUUCCAUCAACUCAAAAAUUUCGAAUCAAACAAUUAUACAGAAAUCUUCAUCAGUAAAUGAGCCUCUUUCCGACACAUCUUUUGAAGAAUCUGAUUCAACUAGAAAACAGUCAUCUCUGAGAAGUAACAAAACUAUUUCGAAUAAUGAUGUCAAUUCAGGUGUAGAAUGUGUUAUAACUGCUUCAGAUUCUUCUGAUAAAUCAUAUAAUUCUUUCACUGGCACUGAUGUUGGUUGUACUACUGCAGGAGCUUCUGUAUCUGAGGUAUUGAACAUUACACCAACAUCUAAAAAUAUUACACCUUGUGAUGUUGAGGAGAAGAAGGGCUUUGAAGAUCGACAGCUGAUAUCAGUGGAGUUUAAUGUUGACACCGACUGUCCAAUUCAACGUGAUGAAAUCAACGAUAAUGAUACUCGUUUCAAGAAGUCAAAUAAUCAAGAACAAAAUAAGCGACGAAAAUCAAAACAAUCUAACCAAAAUGAAAAGUUACACAUUAAGUCGAUUGGUAUUCCUAUUCUAGAUUUAUGUGCAGUUUCACCUGAUAGCUCUUGUCAAACGGAGAGGAAUGAUGAAUUUAACCAAGUUAAAUAUGUUUUGAAUAAGCGUGUAGCCGCUCUACAAUCCAGACGUAAGAAGGCUGAGGAAUUGUUGGCGCUUUCAAAAACUCUGGAACUAGAAGAAGCUGAAGUUGUUCGUUUAGAACGUGAAGCUUUGAGUGCGAUUCAAAAUAAACGUUCAGCUCUACGCGCCAGUCGAUUAACAGAGUUUUCUCGUUCGUCGAACAGUAGUAAAUCAGAAAAAUGUUCAAAGUCUGCUCAAUGUUCAAAAGCUAGCGAAUCUAAGAAUUUGCAAUCAAACGUAUAUUCCACCGCCAACCAAGAAUUUAGCUAUACACACUAUACUGAUGAACCUAAUUUGCAGAAUUUAGAUGAACAAAUGUGUGGAAGAGAUCACUCUGAAGCAUUUCCUACUGCUUCACUGGGGAAAAGCUGUAACCCGUCAAUAGGCGAUCGAACCAAAUUGAAUAAUGCCUAUGAAGAGUUGUCUGCGCAGACACUAUCCAAUACUACAGAUCUUAAUUACUGCAAAACUGAUUCAGAUUCUUGUAAAUCAGCUUCACAUUCUGAAAAGCGUCUUUCACAUGAUUCACUUGGAAUCCAUAAGUCUGUGUCAGAUCAUCACAGUGAAAAUCGACUGCUUAAUGUUAACGGUGAUAAUGAUGAUGUCAGUCAAGUGUCCAAAGUCUUUCAAAGUGGUCAUUUAAAAACCGAUAAUACGAUUGAAGGCACUCCAUCUUUACGAAACUGGUUAACUAAUGAAAUGGGGACUCCGUCGUUGGAUCGUACGAUGAAUUCCACUUCCAGGCAGUUACGUCAACGUUCAAAUUCUCAUGAUUCUGGUCGUCGAAAGCGCGUUACUGUUCCUAAUUCAGUUGAUUCUUUAGAUGAAGAUGGUCGUGUAUAUGGCAUUGGUGAUGAUGAACCAUUCUCUACAGUUUCAGCCAAUUCACAUUCUGAUCUAAGUGAAUUGGAAUCUCGAAUCCAAGCUUUAAAUUGCAAUUUAAAGAAGCAGGAAAGUAUUCUUUGUCGUAUCAAUUUGGAGUAUAAACGUGUUCAUAAAGAUCGUUUAGCCAGGUUGGAAUCCACUUUACUGAAACAUAGACAGCUUUGUACAGAGAUUAUUACUAACAUUAAAGCUGAUCUAGACGUUUGUAAAGCAUCUAUUUGUACGGAAUCUGGUGAUUCUCAUUCAAAAUCUGUAAACAAGUUACUCGAUGGUGUUAGCGUUCCCAGUAUUUCACCACCAAAAUCCUUAAAUAAAACAUUUGAUAGUUCUAAUGACAACAGUUUCUCUUGUUCAUCAUCAAAACAUAUUGUUCCAUUAAUUCUUGACAAAAUUUCAUCAUCUGAUCACACAAUUACCAGUAAGCACUCUGUUACUGGUGAAGAAACUGAACCGGAUACAUUGAUAUCAGUUGCUGAAGAAUUAGUUUCACCACAAGAUACUGAUGAUGAAUUGAAUCAACUUGAGUUAGAUGAUGAUUCUGAUCAUAAUAUACCAACUGCUGAACCUUCUACAAUCAUCACCUCAUCUAGAAACAAAGAAAUCUCAUCCUUUUUAAACUCUACUGGUGUAAUCAAUGCAUCCAAACAAACAAUAAACUCUGAUGCUUUAAUAACAGGAUCUACCUUAUCUUCAUCUCAGACAGACACAUUUUGUAAAGAUGUUAAGCCAAACUGUGAAGUUAAUGAUUCAAAAUCAUUGCCAAAUGUAAAACAAACGUAUAUUGAACAUGUGAAUGUGAGUAAUAAUGAUGAUCCAUUCAAGUUUUCUACUGAAACAGCUGAUGAAAAUAUAACACAAUAUCAAAAUGCUGCUAGUAUUCAACAAAUGUUUAAAGAUAAGCCCAGUUUCAUGGAAACUGGCAAUUUUCUCUCGAAUCAUGUGACUUCAAAAGUUGAUAACGUUAGAUGUCAAUCAAUUCUGGAUGUUAUACAUAAUGAAUCUGAAUGCGUUGAAAUGUCUUCUACAACUCCACUCACUCCACCACCACCACCACCAGGCAAUGGGAUUGUUGACAAUACUGAGAAAAUUGCAAUUGUGACAACUGAAAAUUACGACAAAAUGGUAGUAUCCACUGUUACUCCUUGUACACCAGAAAACACUAGCCUGCUUAAAAUAGCCUCUGAACAUCGACAAAGAGAAGAACUGGUCAAUCGUAUUACUAGUGAACUACUGACACAACUGGUUUCUGAAGCCAUCGACUCCACUUUGAAUACUAGAAAAAUUAACUUCAAGCCGAAAUGUUCGAAUGAUUCAGAAAUUGACGAAGAUGAAGCAGUGGAUGGUUUAUUGGAAGAUGAAUCCCUUCAACGGAAAUCACUAGAUUCGGAUGAUUCUUCAGAGGAGUCAUUAGCUUCGUUAGAUAUGAACGGAAAAUUAUGCGAUGAAGAUUUUGAAGAGAAAAUUUCUGAAACAGUCAAAUCUAAAAUAUGCGUAACUCCAGAACCAUCAUUUACAGAAGAAAACAUUCAAGGCUUAUUUGCUGAUACACCUGAGAGAACACAAACGUUGAUUCAUCUGGCUGUCAAACAUUUUUGGGAUUCUAGAUUGAAUGCAGCUUUGGGUCAUAAAGAAGCAAGCUUAUUGGAAGCUUUAAGUAAUCCUCCUCCAGAAUUUGGAUUCGAUUAUUGUAAUGAAACAGAUCUUGAGAUAUUCAAAACUAAACGUAAUAUAAGAUUUAUUAGUUGCGCUUUACUAUUCGACUUUAUCGGUGAACUUCUACAGAAAAUUUAUGCUGGUGAAGAUAACGAAACAGAAUUACUCAAAGAAGCCACUUUUAAUCACCUUCAAACAAAGCAUACACAUCGUGUUUCAAGUGCACAAUUUCGUCUUUGGCGUGGUCCUUGUCGGCCUACUACAUAUAAUCAUCUAUUGAAUAUUGUUACAUCAGAGGUUUGUCGAGAGUUAAAUUUGAAAGUAGAUUGGAAAUCAAACGCUUAUCCUCAGCAACAGCAUGAAACAAAUAAAUUGAAGCGUAUUGGGUUGAAUGAAACUGGACUGUCUGGUUCACGUUUCUCUCGGCUAGUGCAGUGGACAUUAACCAAGAAACCAUGGUUAGAUCGUAUACUAGACUUGGAAUUACGUGCAGAUGAACCAACAUGGUUAUCAUAUGUUCCAGAGGAACGUGAGAUCAAAAUGAAACUAUCUAAUGAAUUAUGGGAAGAUGUAUUAAAUGAUGCAUUGACCUCAGUCAUCGCCUUAAAUUCAUGUAAAUCACGAAAGUAGUUUUUUUUUCUUAAAGUAUUUCUUUCUCUCCCCAGUGUGCCUUACUAUCUCAUUACAGUGAUGAUAUAUUUCAUUUCCAUGUGGGAUAACUUCCUUUUUACUUCCAGUAUUGAAUUGAAACUACUGUGAUAUGCAUCUUUUAAAAGAAAUCUUUGUACACGCUAAAAGGAAGAAUGAUAUGCUUGUAAUACAAACGGUAUAAUUUUUUCCGAUCUCAUAGGUUCCUAUGUUUAUGUUGCUCAGAGUAUAUUUUCAUGUUUUUAGAUUUUUAUAUCUUAGUUUGUUCUUCAUUGUGUUUUUUUUCUAUCUCAUAUCUCUUGUUUCUUUCCUCUCUCUUCAAUUAAGUAAACGUUCAUUUUAUUGUAUCUUAUUUUUUUUUGUUUUGUUUAAAUACUUUCUUCUUACACUGUUCACCUUCGUUUUCAAUAGAAACAAGUGAGAAAUGUAUCCUUUAAAAGUAUCAAUGUUUGAAAGAUCCAGGAGUAAUAACUUACAUACAUACACACAUACAUACGUACAUACACAUGCACCACUGCAACAUCAAUUAUUACUCGCAUCCUCUUGUACCCUUAUGGUUAUGCUCAUUAGGUUGAUAAAUAUUAUAAUAUACAUUAAUUAAGGUAUUGAUUAGAGUUUUUUGUAUUUGUUUUGUCUUCCUUACCUCUUCUUGAUAUUAGUGUCGUAUAGAUUCUUCAUUCUUUCAUUACCAUUUGUAGAAAAAAGGCCAUAAGCAUACUUCUUUUUGUUUGUAUAUAAUCAGCAUUUGUUUGUGUGUGUGUAUGCCGCAUAUCUACUCAGUUUAUUUUCCUUCUUAAUAAAAAUAACUUGCCUCCUUGAUCUUGCACAGUUACGUAACUAUUUUAUUCAUCUGUUUACGUAAAAAUGAUAAAUGUUAUCAUUCAUCCUAUUAUUAUUAUUAUUACUAUUAUGAUCCUAAGAUGUAAUGAAAUACAAUGAUAGAAAUAAUUGAUUGUUUACAAAUAUAUCACCAUUUCUCAUUGUCAUAA